AUGUCUGACGCUGGAGAUGAUUACGGCGGAGGAGGAAACUCCCCAGCAUACGAGGAUGAGGAGCCCGAAUAUGACCCAGAAGAGCCAGAGCCAUACAACGGCGAAGACGAAGUUGCCCAGAUUGAUGACCUCCAAGCUGCACAGAACCCCGACCAGCUUCUUGCGACUGGUGAGCACGGCGUUGUGAUCUCCGGCGACCCAUCAGCAGGUGCCGCUAAAGGAAAGGACAAGGCCCCGAAGGAUAAGAAGAUCGCGAAUGAUCAGAGGACAACCACUCCGUACAUGACGAAGUAUGAGAGGGCGAGAAUCUUGGGCACAAGGGCGCUGCAAAUCAGCAUGAACGCACCGGUUUUGGUCGAUUUGGAGGGCGAGACGGACCCACUUCAGAUCGCCAUCAAGGAACUGAGGGAAAAGAAGAUCCCUCUGAUUGUCAGGAGGUACAUGCCGGAUGGGUGGUAUGAGGACUGGACCUGUGAAGAACUUCUCACUUAA